UUCGCGUCGCGACGCUCUUCGUUCCCUCGAUCCGUACUCAAAAUACGAGAAAAGCUUUCCUCGUUUUUGCUCCUAUUUUCAUUCCAUUUUCCAACAAACAUUUCUACUUUUGUCGGAGUAUGCCGCGAGUGUUUUAUCAAAAAGUUCGACGUUUGUUAAUUCGAUCCUUGUUAUGUCAACUUAUUUCUACUAGAAAUCUUAUCGUGACAAAUGACUAGAAAUGUGCGUGAUAAAUCUUUAUGUUUAACGUACGAUCAAUUUUUCUUUCCCUUUUGGAAGAAGAAUAAAAAUAAAAUGAGAUUACCGGACAUAUAAUUUGAAUCAUCAAACAGAACGAUAUUUAUCUUUCCUUUCGGUUGCACGUAGCGUACGCAAGUUCAAUAUUAUUGGAAGAACUGCUACGACAAACUACUCGAAGUAAAUUUAUAAGACACGUACUUUCCAUCUACCCUCCACAGUCCUUUUCCUCUCCACCUUUUCUCUUUGACAGCCUUCUUCUUCUUCUUCUUCUUUUUUUACUCUUUCACCUCGACCCUUGCCUUGGCGUGCUUUAAAAGGCGUGCACCCUUUUUACUUUUCUCCAACUUUUGCUCUCUUUCUUUCUUUCUUUCUUUCUUUCUUUCUUUCUUUCUUUCUUUCUAUCCUUCGCUCUCAAGUUUUCGAUUAAAUUGCAUUGAAAGCUCAAUUCUUAGCGGGUAAUAAUAAUGAUCGGAAGCUCUUACAACAAUUAUGAAUGUAGAAACUUUGCGGGCGAACCUUUGAAAGUUAGUUUCUAUUCGACGUCUUGUCCCGUGGUCUAUCUUUCUCGCACUUUCUUCCCCUACCUCCCUCUUUCUUCUUGUUAAAUCUGAUAAACGCGAAGGAGUAAUCAAAAUGCGUAUUUAAUCCGCCUAAAUCGAUCGACGAAAUUUCUCGUGUUUACGAUGAUUCAGCACGCGUCCAAAUGAAUCUUGAAAAUUUACUCAUUUUUCAACUUGGUUACGCGCCUUUUAUUGAUAAACAGUGUAAUAUUUAAGUAAAACGUGUACGUUCAUUAAAAAUCGAAAUAUUAUGAAAUCAUAUUUACGCAUGGAAGACGAUCGAAUGGAAAACAAUAACAGCAUGUGAAUGGUCAACCCUUUUUGCAUUAAUAAACGUCCCUCGCAUUGUGAUUGAAAAGAGUGUUUAUCGACAAACUUUGAUUUGGCUGUCCGCGUAAAUACGAGCUUUUCUGAAUUAUUGUUAAUCCUUCUCUGUUAAUCAAUUUACGAGGACCUAUCUUACAUCUCUAUCGAAUGUCUCCGAGGAGAACUUUGGAUAUAAUUAAAGGACGAGUAUUCGCAAGUCCUUGGAAAGAGGUUUCCGUUUGAUCUGGGCAGCAAAGCCACCGAAUAACACGAAAAGCAAUAGGAUAAAGACCGAGUGCGGAUAUAGUAAGUACUUUCGAGAGAACGACUUAAAGGCAGAAGAAAUAGGAUAAAGAGAAAGGAAGAAUUGGAAAAAGAGAAAGAAGAACAAGUUCUUAGGCCCUCGACGAUACGUAAUUCGACCUUAAGGAGAAGAAUACGUUGAAAGUAGAAAAAAGUAAAGAAGGAAAAAAGAAAGAAAGAAAACGAAGGUAUCUCUCUUAGCGUUUUAUGGAACUUUUUGACGCCAAUGAUUUUGUCUUUAGAGAAGAGGAAGAAGAAGAAGAAAAAGAUAGUUUGGUGUUGGAGAACAAUCAAAUCACGAAGAAUAGAAUGAAUGAAGAAAAGCGUCGCGGUAGAAUGCAAAUGAUUUCUCGUGAAAAUUUCUUUCCCUCCUUAUUCGGAAUCAAUCUAUUUGGAAUGUUGAAAUAAAAGAAAAAAAAAAAAAAAAACUAGAGGGAUUGUCUAUAAAAUUUGGUGAUAAGAAAAAAGGAAAUAAACGUGUUCGAUAGGAGAACGUUCACGGGAUUACGUAGCGGUUCUCGAAGCUCUUGAAAGGAAGAAGGAGGAAAAAGUAGUAGUAUGGGAGAAGCCAAGAAAAAUGAUAUUGAGGCGGAGGACUGAUUGAGAGAGGCAAGAGAGCGAGAGAGAGAGAGAGAGAAAUGGCGACGAGCGAGGAUAUUGGUGUAACGAGUGCGACGCGUUGGGGUUUAUGGUUUGCUGCCGUACUCCUCGCAACGGCCUCGUUGGUCUAUUCUCAGGUCACGUGGACUCCGAUCUACGUUGGCGGACAGAGCGGAUCGGAAGGAAAGGUGGAUCUUUGGACGCAAAGCACAAAAGGCUGUGCUUGUAACUUCAAUUCGUCAAGCAACGAAUGCGCUUGUUGCGUACCCUCCGGUGGUUGCAGCUGUGGCACAGCUUCGCCCAACAGGUGCGCUCAAUGUGGCCUCGAGCAACACUGCGCCAACAUGUGCAAUAUAACGUUGGACAGCAGAUUGUUAUUCAGUAAAUCUGAUCGUGGCUUUGGACAAAUAAAGUCGCCGUCUCUCGAAGGUCCCUCAAGGUGUACCUACAGGUUCAUUCCGGAUACUGGACAGAGAGUUGAAUUACAGAUCUAUCGUCUAGUUUCCAUAGGACGUCACAACGAUUCUGCGUGCCAAGGUGGCUGGCUUCAAUUCGAGGGUGGAGCUCGAGUUUGCGGUCGCAACAAACGAUUCGACCGACCGGUCGUCCUCUUUUCCGACAAGCCGGUCGCGACCCUUCACAUGCAAAUAAACGAGAACACCACGAGGUCCCAAUUCUUGGCAUACUUCAGCUUUUCCUCAAAAGCAAGUACUUCCGUUGGCCUACCCAUCAAAGGUGGACUUCCGGUUAAUAACACAGAAUGCGACUGGAUUUACGAGAACACUGAUUGCCAGGACGGAUGCGUCCUAGCUAGUCCCGGAUAUCCUGGCCUAUAUCCGCCAAACAUCCGCUGUCGGUAUCUCAUAACUUCCGGUCCACGAGUUUCUAUCGCCAUCAACUUUACCGCGGUACUCCUUCCGCACAAUCAUUGUACGAGCGACUACAUCGCCGUUUAUUCGGGCCCAACGACCUCGAGUCCUCUCUUAAAAAUGCUCUGCGGCAAAGAGAAAUCAUCCUUGAUGUAUAACGGCCAGGAGGUUCUUGUCGAAUUUAGAGCUGGCCCAGAGGUAUCUCCAUUCGAUUACAAUGGCUUCGUAGCGACGAUAAACUUUAUCGAAAUUACGACGGAAAUACCUACAACGAUUACUACAGAAUCGACCAAUAAAACUUCGGAUAUCGUCAAACAAGCUACAAUUUAUACCGGUCACAACGCACGUUAUAACAAUCGAGACACUGACGAGCAUCGCAAGGAUCAAGGAUCCUCCACGGGAUAUAGUUGUGACCUCGAAGUUAAUGGCGACAAAAUUCGUUCGGGUCAUCACGACACCAGAGGCAAACACAAGUCAACGACCUGUCGUCUUAUUCUUCGUGGUGGCACUUAUCAUACCGGACACGUAUCUUUGACCAGUUAUAAUCUCAGUGCACAAUCCUGUCAAUCGAUGAUCGAGAUAUUCGAUGGUUUACCGGAAGGUGGAACGACAAACACUGUGAAAUCCCUCGUACGAAUUUGCAGUCCGGCACAGAGGCUACCACGAGAGUUUGCACGAGACGAGUACGUCGAGCCAAAACGAUAUUCAUCCAACGGUAGAGAUAUGACGGUGGUGUUAAGAAGAGCUUCAAACACCACUACUGACGAGGAAUACAUGGACGUGUCCUAUUAUUUUCACAAUGAACGCGAAGGCGGUACCCAACAACCCGGAAGCUUAUGCGACGUCGAAUAUUAUGGAUUAACUUCGUUGGAGGAAGGGACUGUGGUACAUCCAGAACCACACCGAUUGUUCGCGGUCGAGGGCCCGGCAAAAUGCAAGCAACAUUUUAUUCCAGCGACAAAUCAGUCGGUCAUCAUCACAGUGGAAAGCAGUUCGAAACAGAUAUCUAAUAGUUUGUGCGAAACGAAAUGUGGCGACAGUGGAUGUCAUUGCGUUAGUAAUAAAUCAUUGGAGAAUAUGGAUCAUCUACUGCUCGUCUCUGAGACUGGUCAUGUCGUCACCUGUCUCUGUGGAAACUAUCAGGACUGGUUACCGGUAGGAAUUCGAAGUUGGACACCGGUUUAUAUCGAAUGGUCGAGAUAUUCGUUGGCAGGUCUAAAUUUUCGUGCAGCUUAUAAGUUCGUCAAGGAUACUUAUUGCGGUGAUCAUACCACCAGAAAACUGGAGGGAGAAGUCAAUGGUGGUGAUCUGGCAAAAGCUGGCUUAAAGCUCAAUCAGUAUUAUCAACAGAAGUGUACUUGGAUUUUGGAAUCUCCUACGGAUCGACAGCUUACGAUAGAAGUGAAAUCAAAUCAGAGCAGACCAUGUACGGCAUGGAACCUAACGAUCCAUAAGUACAACGAAAACGGUGAUCCCGCGGGAGAAAGAUUGCACACAUUUUGUUCUAGGGACGUUCAUAAGAAUUUUACUCUACCUUGGAAAGAGAAUACCGCGGUAGUUAGAUUACAAGCAUUGGGAAGAACAGCACCUCAAUAUACGAUGAAGUGGAGAAGCCAUACCGUUAUCGCAAAUACUCGACAAAGUGGACCAUCGCCAGCCCCAAAUCAGAUUACCGAUUCCUCGAUUGAAAUUAAACCACAAAACAAACUUAUUUUGAUGAUCUUCUUCAUAAUAAUUUUCAUCUAUUCGAUCGUUUGUUGAGAUUUGUCUAAUUCUUAAUUAAUCACGAUUUACACGUUCCUGUUAAUUAAACGAGUCAAGAGAGUUUACUGUCAACUGUUAAAACGUGAAUCAACUUUAACAGAAGUUAAUUAAUAUUAUCACUUUUAACUAAGUUAAUUAUUCGCAAAUCUAUCGACAGAUAAAUAACGAUAUAAUUUAUUUAUUGUAACUUUUAAAUACUCGAAGAACACUUCGAAAACAACUCAUAUUUGAACUUUUAAAACCUGCGUAGAAUAAUAACACGAUGAGAAUUGUUUGCUAUAGCAAAAUGUUAACGAAUUAUUGAAAUAUCGUCGAUAGAUACGUAAAUAUUAUUUGCAAUAUUAUCGAUAAAGUUAAUUAAUUCAUAUUAACUAACGGGCAUACGUAAAAUUUGAUAAUAUACAAUCAUUGGAAAGAGAUCCAAGAAGAACACUAAGUGUCUCGUAAAAGAAAUUUGUAAAACUAAAAGCUAUAUCAAGCUCGAAGUUAUACACCGAGUGUAAAUAUUAUAUAUAUAUAUAUAUAAAUGCAUAUACAUAAACAUAUACACAUAUACAUAUUAUACAUAGAAAAUUGAUUUGCAAGAAACGCGAUGCACGGAUUUGAAUUAGCGAGAAACAACCUCACAUCAACAACUUAAUCGCGCGAAUGCCAAAUUAGACGCGUAAGAAUAAGAAUAAUAAUAAUUAUUAUAAUAAUUAUAAUAAUAAUAAUAAUAAUAAUAAUAAUAAUAAUAAUAAUAAUAAUAAUUAAAUAAAAGAACAAAAUAACAAUAUUAUAGAAAGACAGAUUGUAAAUACAUCAUAAACUUAAUAGGAUUUGUACAGAAUAAAACGAAUUACGUAAGUCGCCGGAAUAAUUGUAUGUAAGAUAUACAAUUAUACUUUAGAUAAGAAGACAUUGAUAUUUCUAACGACACGCGAUUCUUAUGGAUCAAAGAAAUAAAACAAAUGUAAUAUUUUAAAAGAACGAGCUUUAUACCCGAGGCACCUUCGAAUUUAUUGUUAUAUGUUGUGAUAAUGAAAACACAUGAGAGAAAAUUAUCGCAUCUUCCUACGUAAGAAUUCGUUUCUAGUAUAGAAGAAAUCUCUUAAAAGUAGUACGAGUGAUCAUAUCGAAAGCAACAAAAACGUUCUCUUGUUGCAAUUAUGUAUUUAAAAUUGUUACGUAAUUCAAUAAUGAAUCGUUUAUGCCUUCGUUAUCCUUUGACAACAGUGGGUCAUUGAAUCAGAAAAAUAUUUCUUACACAAAGUGCUACUUAAAAUACGUCAUUAGCAAGAAUAUAUGUUUAAAAUGCAUCUAACGAGAGAAAAUAAUGGUUGAACGAUUUUUUAGAUGCAAUAAAUAAUUACAAUUUAAUAAGCGACUACACACACAGACAGACAGACACGCAGACACACAAAACACACAUACAUACGAAUUAGAAAAUCACUGUACUUAUCCGUCGAAAACAAGUUUAAAGGAAUAAAUAUCUCACACUGUUAUAAUAUGAGAUUUAACUUAACGAACGUAUAAAGAAGUUAUUAAUUUCAUGGUACUGACGUGAGAUCAUAUUUUGAUGAUUAUACACCUUUUUAGAAUACCUUUUUUAUCUAUACGGCCUAUAAUUAUAGUACUUUUCAUCCUUUCAUAUCUUUUUGCUAUAACUUUGGUAUAAAGUGUGACAAGGAAUUUCUUUUAUUUUGUAAUGUAACAUUUCGUUUUUAAUAACUUCGUGAAGACUGACUAGUUUUUCAAUGUAUUCCAUUUACUGCAUAAUAUGUUUAUGUCCAAUUGAAAAAAAAAAAAAAAAAAAAAAAACAAACAUCAGCGGUAUUUAAUAAUAAUUUCAUAUCGCAAAUGUGAAUUGUUUCAACUAUUGUAAAAAUCGUCAAUUUCGUCAAACAAACAAACAAAACAAUGACGAAAAUUUGCCCGCUUAUAACAAGCACCGACUGUGUAUUAAACGAAUGACUUAAAUAACAAUUAAAAAGCAUAGGUUUUAAUUAUUGUAAUAAGUCACCAAAGGAGAGUUUUAGAGGUGUGACUCGAAUGAUUUGUGUGUGUGUGUGUGUGUGUGUUAAAUCGGUUACGUGCUUCCUCUGAAAAACAGCGACAACUAUUAUUAUAUUUCACGUUUAAUUCGUGUCGGCUCUUUUUAGAAAUAUCAUUUGAAGAGUUUUGCACGUAUUAAUUAAAAUAAUAAUAAUAAAAUGUGAAACGAUUUCAAUUUUGAAAAAGGAUUUCGAAAUAUUUUCACUUUAAGUGAAAUUACCGAUUUUGCACAAAAUACGUCUUACUAAUAGGAAAAAUACAUGUUACAUGUAAUAGUUACCUAUAUCUAAGUCACAAUAAAUAGUCAAUUGUUUCAUA